ACACAGUUGACAAGUUCAGAGGUGCCAAGGAAGUAACACUCGAGUUCGAUUCAUCACAACUGUGUUGGAAGACAACUAUGCUAAACACAAAACCUCUACAAAUAUCAUGUGCAUGUUUCAUCAUUUGUAAGUCAAUUUGUGAUUAAUUAAAGCAUCUCAGAUGGACGUUUGGCCGGGUUUUAAGGCUCCCCUAGACCAUGGGGAUGUGGCUCAUCCUUUUUUCAAAGGCCAAAAAAUGAAUUGUGGAACGAGGGAGUAUCGUUUUUGUGCGGCAAAAUAAAAGGCCACGCCACCGCAUCUCCGCCGAGGGCCACAUUUUCCUGAUCAGGAUUUAACGACGACUGCCCUUCUCCAUUACUACUCUGUAUCUAGAGAUAGAAACAGACGACGAAGAAGAAGAAGGUGCAGAAGCGUCCGUACUUAUCGGAUGGAUCACUACAAGGUAUUAGGGGUAAACCGCGAUGCGAGCAAGGAAUCAAUCAAACAAGCUUUCCGGAAGCUCGCCGUGGAAUUCCACCCGGACAAGCACGCCAACUCUCCGCCGCACGUGAGAGAACGCGCCACCCUCAAAUUCAAGCACCUCUCCCACGCUUACGAAACCCUAAUGGACGACCGCAAGCGCGCCGAUUUCAACAUCCGUUCCUCCUUCUCCUCCAACCCUUCUUCUUCAUCCUACCACUGGAAUCGCAGUUACUAUCGGGAUCAGAAUCCCGGCGGCGACCACAGAAAUUCCGGCGGGUGCGGCUAUAAUUACGGUUAUACCCGCAGCGGCCGUGCCUCCUACAUCAAUAAGCUGGAGAUGCUCCUCCGCCUCAUGACCGCCCGGACUUCUCUUCUCCACCUCACAUUUGCCGGGCUUUUGUUAGGUGCAUCGGUGGCAAUUGAUAGCGGCGGGAAAGCACUGUGGGAGAUGCACAACUCCGGGAAAUCAUUUGAGGAUGCAAUGGAUUCGAUAGACAAUGCCAAAGGAUGAGACAACGAUGAAUCGCAGAGGUUUUGUUUCCUUUAUGACUUUGUUCUUGAAGCCAGAUUUUGAAAGUCCAUGGUCCAAAAUCCAAAUGCAGGGAUAUGGUUCAUCCUUGAUGUGUGUACAGGGUUCAUAUGAAAAGGUAGGUAAACCAAUGUAAAUGUAUGCUUAUCAUAAAAAAUGAGGCUUUGUAUCUUUAACAUCUUAUAGUCCAAAUUUAAAUUGUCUGUUGUUGUUUACGAGAUUUGACUGAAAUUAUUUUCAAUUCAAUUUAUGUAAAAAUUGGUGUGGAUUUAAUAAAUUAAAAUUUAUAUA